AUGGCUGAACCGCGAACCCUGCGUUCGUCCAAAAGGCGGAAAAUCUCGAUCCAAACGGAAACAGAGGAGGCACCACACUUAUCGGAGAAAACUACCACGCAGCCAAAUAGUCGUUCAAGCCGACGGGUGAAGGGGAAGUUACAAAUCGAUGGCAACACUGAACCAGCACCACAACUAUUAAUUACAGACAACCCUAGACCAACAGUGAAGACGCGCGCGAAAGAAUCAAAAACCCCGAAGGGAACACAGCUAAAGUCAACAGCACUGGCAGCGCCUGUUAGAAGAUCGAAGUCAAGAAGCAAGGGUCUAGUUGGAAAUGAUAUUUGGGAUGUUCCUGUGGAGGAUAUCACGGAAGUAGAACCCCUGUUGAACAAUGGGUUAAAGACGAAACCAGACGCUCGGGCGGCCGCCCCGGACGCUGAUUCCCUCGCCAUUGCGGUACAGCUACAACUCGAACUCGCUAAAAACAAUAUAUCUGGAUUUUCCCUUGCCCGACACUCCGAAGGUGCGCCAUAUGCUGGGAAAUUGAAGCGGUUCUGUGAGACUCAUGGACUCCAAGACAUGAUUAGCUCUUUAGCAAAAUUUAUCUUGGAACGAUUGAACGGAAGGCAGCUCAUUCCCUUAAAAGGUUUAACAUCAGAAUACCAGAGCGUUUACCAGCUCAUGGAGCAAACCGUUAAAGCGGGAGAAGGAAACUCGCUGUUACUGCUUGGGGCCAGAGGCUGCGGAAAAUCCACUGUCGUUGAUACUGCUAUAUCUUCUCUUUCGAAAAGCCACAAGGACGAUUUUCAUAUUGUUCGUCUGAAUGGAUUGCUUCAUACAGACGACAAAAUUGCAUUGAGGGAGAUAUGGCACCAACUUGGUCGCGAAAUUAAUGCAGACGAUGAUUUGGGCAAGGUCUCUACCUAUGCCGAUACAAUGGCAUCAUUGCUAGCUCUGCUAUCCGAAAUCCCCGCCGAUGCACCUGAUACGAUGACAACAACAAAAUCUGUGAUUAUCAUCCUAGAUGAAUUUGACCUUUUUACGUACCACCCGCGCCAGACAUUGCUCUACAACCUCUUCGACAUAGCCCAGGCGAAAAAAGCCCCGCUUGCAGUAAUUGGACUAACUACAAAGGUGGAUGUCAUGGAAAACCUUGAGAAGCGUGUAAAGAGCAGGUUCAGCCAUAGAUAUACCUUCUUGCCUCGCCCCCAGAGUUUUUCUGAUUUCUCUGAUAUUUGCAUGGCUCCAUUUCAAAUCGAUAAUGACAGCGUAGACUUGAGUCGGAAAGGGACCUCUGAUUGCAUAUCGAACAUGCUUAAAAACCCUAAAGGACGCCUAUUAUCUGAACAAUGGCACACCUAUGUCAAAGUAAGCCUUCACACCAUGCGGGGUCUGAGCAGAGCUAACUUCAUUAAGGGACUCUGGGAAGAUAAGCUAUUCCAAACACAUCUAAAAACAAUAUAUUACCGCACAAAAUGUCCCAAGGAUUUUUUCACCAGUGCCGUCAUACCUAUAUCAAGUCUAGCAAUAAGCUCUUCUGGGGCUCCAGACCUGGACGUACCCACCGCAAAGUCAUUCAAGCUUGAUUUACUUUGUCCCGACCCGGCACCAUUCCCCUUUGCUGCAGCUACCACGGCCUCCACAAACACCAUUUCUCUUUCACUGUCACUUCUCCUCGCCGCCACCCGUCUCACAGCAAUCCACGACCCCAGCUUAAACUCGACCCAGACUUUCGCUCCGCUGAGCUUGACGUUUUCUGCCGUAUAUGCAGAAUACGUGCGUCUCCUCACAUCAGCCAAGGCUUCUGCGUCCGCGUUAGGGGCCAGAGCAACCGCAGGACGGAUAUGGGGCAAAGAAGCUGCUAGAGAAGCAUGGGAGCGGCUUGUGAAUUGGGGCUUCGUGGUUCCAAUCUCUGGAGGUAGUGGAAUCGGCGAUGGAAAAUUAACUAGGGUUGAGGUCAGUUUUGAGGAGGUUGUCGAGGUCGUUGAUGGGAUGGGGCUAGGAGGUGGAAGUGCUUUGGGACGGUGGUGGAGGGACGGAUGA